AUGGUGGUGGGGUCGGCAAACCAGAAGGAAGAUACCCUUGUUCCUCCAACCUUCUCAGGUUGCAAGACUACAGGAGCAGCUGCAGAAAGAGAGGGAGUUGAGGACAGACAGUUUAGGAAGCUGGACAUAAAAAAGGGACCUUCCAUGUCUCAACCUCUAUUAAUGAGAAGGUCUGGUCACUGUACCUCACAAUCACAAACAUGA